UUUGCUAACGUUAUUGUUAAAUUACUUUUAUCUAGCUUUUCUGUAUCGCGGUAUACAUUCAGUCCUCGUACGAUUGUUGCGGAGCGGAUUCUCGCGAAUGAAUUCAAGAGGUGAAGCAAAGAAGUGCUCGUGGAAAACGCAAUGUUAAAUAAAUAGCUAGUCGCUGGUCCUCUAACAUUAAGUCUUCAAAAAAAAAAAUCAUAAAAAACAAACAGACGAAUGGAGGAGACGUCGUACCCCAAAAUGAGGAGGCCCAAGAGGCAGCUCUGCUACCUGACGAGCAAAGAAAACCCACCUAAACAGUGGAAUACACCGCUGACCCUGGAGGAUGUGGACAGGAUGUUUGAUGACUUAGAUUCAUCUCCAGAAAAUAUCAUUCCCUCCCCAUCUUCUCCGUGCCAGAAUUUUAGUUCAACACAAAAUUUCCCCGAAACAGCAAUCUCUCCCAUCCCACAGGAGGGACACCGAAUGGUUCCUGAUAAACAUGCCCUGCAGCCUGUGUCCAGAUCAAUCUGUCAUAAGUUGGAUGUUGAUUUGGAUAUCCCAUUUGAGGUGCAUGGGCUGGUGAAGACAUCCAGUCCUAUUGAACAGAUGGGGGGUGUGAGCCGUGUAGAGAAGCUCUGUGAAGAAAAAGCAGUGCCCCAGAUUCUCCUCUGCUUGGAAGAAGAGGUCAAGAAGUCAGAGCCUCCUCCUUCAGAGAACGUCAAGUGCAACGGACAAGUCACAGAAGAGAGUGGCAUCUCUGAGCUGGAGACUCCUCCAAAGAUGUUAGUUCUCCCUAAGUCUACUACUAACAAAAAGAAGCCAGAAGCACCACAGAGGCAAGAAAACACUGAGCGUCCUGCUGUCGCAAGCAGACGAGAGCCGACACUUCCAGCUCCUGACAAAAGCUCCAAAACCCUCCAGAGAAAGCCACCUGCGGAGACGGCGUCACACGUGGGAAACAGCAUGAUGACUUUCCUGCAGAAGCUCAAAGAAGAUGGACAGUCGAAACUGGCCAGGUCAAGGAAAACUGUGAUCCCUGUUGAAGUCCCCGCCCCUGAGCCAGAAGAUAAUUUUAUCAUUUUGGAGGAUGAUACAGCCUUUCAGUUUUCCAUCCCGUGUAAAAAUGCCCCCAGUAGGAGACAGCAACAGAGCAGAUCCAGCACCUCUGACGAAGCCGGUUCAGCAGGCAAGGAAGACCCUCAAAGAGGUCCACAGAAUCAGGACGGGUUGGAAAAAACAAACGAUAACCUGGCAAGUCAGGCUGCGGAUAAGAAAACAAAGGCCAAGAAGAAAGAAAAAGGGGAGAAGAAUGACGAGAGGCCCGAAAGUGCAAAAGAUGAAGUGUUAUCCGAACAAGAGAAACCAAACAAAAAGAAAAAUCACCUCAACAAGGUGAAGUCCAAAGUGAAGGACACAGCGAAGAGUCAAGUGGACGACGAAGCCAGGUCAGAAACAAGACCGGCAAGUCCGUCUCAGAAAGCAGAAACGAACGCACACAAAUCUUCUGAAGCAAAAAAAACCACGAGCUCAAAAACGCGUCACGAAAGCAUCAAGACUGCCCAGACGAAACCAUCGAAGGGGACGGAGAAAAGAGAGCAGAGAUCAGAGGCAGAUGAGGAACCUGAGGACCGCUGUGAUCCUGCCGAAAACGAUCCUGUGAAGUCUGACACAAACGGAAAUGCUAAACAAAGCAAACCGAUGGCAGAGUCUGCGGGCAGCUCAUCUGAAGACAACGUGAUUCUGCAGAAAAGAAAACGGAAGCCGCCUGGACAGUGGUGGAAGGCUGGUGUGGUCGGCCUGAGCUCAGGCGAAACAGACGGUCAGCAGCCGACGGUCAAAAGAUCCAAACAGAAAAGCAAAGAGACAAAUGCUGCGGCACUUUCCCCUGUAAAAGAUAAGAAAGAAGAAGCUUCCAAGAAAAGAACCCAGAAAGAAAUUGCAAUGUUGAGCCAGCAAGUUAAUAAAGCUAAAGGAAAAGAAGUGAAACGGAACAAAAAAAGAAAUAAAAGUGAGGAUACUCCACAGGAGGAGGAGGAAAAAGAGGAAAUGUCAAAAGCAACAGAUGAACAGCAGCCUGAGGAAGAAGAGGGGCGUGAAGUCGACCAGGAUCAGGGAGAGUCCAGCCCUUUGGUCUUCAGCCACAGAGACCAAACCAUUGACUCAGGCCCAAUAUUCCAGAAAGUGUAUCAUCGCACUCCUGCUGGCAAAAUAUCCACCAGACACGCAGCACCGGACUCCCAUAGGCAACCCGAGGAGCUGCUCAGAGAAGCAGAGCCAGGCAAACGGAGGAGGAAACCAGCAGGGAGCUGGUGGAUGGUCAACGACUCGCCUGACGACGUGGACGUCGUGCCCCCCAAGAGACGGCAGCCCGCUGUGGAGAAGUCCAAACCCCAGAGGAAAAGAAAAGAGCAGCCUAAGAAGGAUGAACCUGCUGGACUUUCUAGUGACGUGGACAUUUCCUCAAAGCCAGCAGGGGACACUCCUGUCCUUCCUCUGAAACCAAAGUCACUCUUCACUCCAAAGACUGUGAAAAGCUCUCUGGCUAAAUUUACAGACAUUUUUAAAACGGGCAUCGAGACGCCAGUGACGGUGAGAAACCGCGACACGCAGCUGAAAAACAGGCGUAAUGUCACUUCACACCCCACCAAGGAAAAAGCGGCACCUCAGACGACCACAGAGGCAGCCGGUGUGGAGAGAUAUGAAGACGUGAGCACACAGGGCAGCCUGAACAACCAGAGGACUCCGCAGGACGACGGCUGUCACACGGAGAGCACGUCUAAUUUCUUCAGAAGUGGGCCGUCCUCCAUGAUUGAAUUGCAAGAAUAUGAAGAAAUUGACGACACGACUUGCCUGACCUCCGGAGUCCAGGCUGAGCUCUCUCCAUCCGAUCUGUGCGGCCCUCCUCUCAAGCCUCUGGUCCUACAGCCGAAAGAUAAAUCCAAUCUGGCGGAGUGGUUCAAGUGCCUCUGGUCCACUGCGACCAAAAGUGACGCAGUGGUGACUCCAGACCAGUUCGACUGGUACUUCUACCAGGACAAAGCCAUGGGUCUCCAGGUGGAGCAGAACGCCGGCUCCUUCUGCAGCGGCAAGAUGAUGCUGGGCUCCCAGAUGAAGAAGCCUCUCUGGGUGGAUCACAGCGCCACGACAGUUUUUAACGUGAUGACGAGCUCUGUGAGCGUUAUCAUCGACGGCAGUGAGUCCUGCUUCAACGCAGGGCAGUCCUUCAUGGUGAACUGUGGUCGCGCCUACAGCAUCAGGAACGUCACUUCACAGCCUGCGAUGCUGUUGUUCACCCGGAUGUCAGCGGACGGCUCGGACUGUACUGCUCACACCUGAAGGAGCAGAGCCCCAGUAGGCGGAGGAGGGAUUUCAACCUUUUACCUGGACUUUUGGAAUAGAUGGUGUAAAUAGAAGCGUCCCUGUGAAUUUUCAGUCUGUUUUUUUUUUUUUUUUUUUUUUCCCCCUCCAGAACUGUCCAUCAAAUGGACGAACUCUGUAAUUAAAGAAGCAGCUGUUUUCCAUUACCUCAGUGGUUGAUAUAUACAGAAAUCUGUUUUCUGCUCUAAAAUGACAGUUUGGACCACCGUGCUUCUUUGCAUGUGUUUUUGUUAAAGUGUUUUUCUAAUGCGUCACUGAACUCGACUCUGCUGUCUUUAAAACAUCUGAAUGAACAGAAAUUAUUUAAAAGAUUUGAGAUAUUUAUUUCCCGGUUAAAAGUAAGUUACCACAUGGCAGUUAUUAAUGUAUCAAACUCACUCACUGAUGUUACAUUUGUAACGUGAUCCAGUAUGCUUCGCUUCUUAGCAACAUUUGGAUGCU